UGACCAUCAUUGCAGCAAUUUGGACUGCGUGCCUGCCUUGCACAGUUGCACCUGCAUCAAAAACAUGGAAACAGCCAGGUCGCUGGUCGUGCCGUUAAUCAUGCCAGUGCAUUUAUGUGGUGUUUUUUCCAAUUGCGAUAUUAGUAUCCAACGGCCGUACCUUCGUGCGACUCCCAAUAAUUAAAUCCCAUGUUUUUUGCUUGCAAGUUCCGUCGCGUACUCCGAGUCCCUGAUCCCUGGUCAACACCAUCGCCAUUGCUAUUAAACACGUUGUAAAACGCGAAAGGCUCAAAACCACGGCUCGUAUCCAGAUUUGGAUCAUCCCAGCUUCGGCAUUGUCCAUUGUUAAAACUCUCCGAAAUCUACCAUGCUCGCAGCUACAAUGCGGGCCGCUCGGCCCUUGAGGAUACAGUCCCAGACCUUCGCGGUCGCAAGUCGGGCACAACCAUCCGUCCCAUUCACAACACGAACUCCCUCUUCAUCCCGUCUCGGGCGGGGCAAAAUCUCCCCAUUCGGGCCUCUUCAGACCACCUUCCGGGCGCGCUCAUCCACAAAACCCCCAUUACAACCGAACAAGAUCGAUAGGGAGCAUGAAAAAGAGGUGGCGCAAAAGAAGCUUGAGUCCCGGCCGGACGAGGUGACAAGCUCAUCAACUGUGCGGCAAGUCUUCGAGGAAAGCCAGGCGCCGGCAGAAAGUAACCCGGAUAUCAUGGUAGGGUUGAAAAGUGACCUAAACACCGUCAAGGAUACGUUCGCGCUCGCCUCGGUCCCACGAGAGGCAUUUGGCCUUGGCCUUGCCGGCACGCUUCCAUACCUAGCCACCUCCCUCUCCACCGUCGUGCUCUCCUGGAACCUGAACAUGGAAUGGCCGACGCAAUCGAGUUUCAUCAAUGCCUUCCUAUUCAACCAUGAAGCGGCCGCGCAUUGGCUCCACAUCCUCGAACCCAUCCAGGUCGGGUACGGAGCCGUCAUCAUCUCUUUCCUCGGCGCCAUACACUGGGGGCUAGAGUUCGGCGAGAGACAAGCUGCCGAGGACCGCACGCGUCUCCGGUACGGCAUCGGCGUGCUCGCGCCCGCGGUGGCGUGGCCGACCAUCUACAUGCCCAUCGAGUGGGCGCUGACCACCCAGUUCGCCGCCUUCUGCGCCCUCUAUUUCACCGACUCCCGCGCGACCGUCAAGGGCUGGGCCCCGGCGUGGUAUGGUUCGUACCGGUUCGUGCUGACCGCCGUGGUGGGCGGCGCGAUCCUCAUCAGCCUCAUCGGCCGUGCCAAGGUGGGUGAGGGGGCAAACCGUCUCACGACGGGCGAGUUGGCGGAGAGCCUCAAAACGACGCCUAGUUCCGGGGACAAGAGCCGCGAUUGGAGUAAGGAGGAGGAGGAAGAGAGGGAGAGAAUUCACAAGGAGCAGAAGAAGGAAGAGGAAGAGAAGAAGCAGAAGGCUGAGGAGGAGAAGAAGGCUAAGGAGAAAGAUACUAAGGAGGGGGAGGCGAAGAAGGAGGGCGGAGCGAAAUCGAAGGAACAGGAUGCAGGUGACAUAACGGGUCAGGGCAAGGAAAACGACGAAGGCCAGAAGCAGGGCUGAGAAACGGACGAAAGAGGCGGAGAUUAGACAGUACCUAAUGAAGCAGAGGUCUUGAGAAGUGGGAACAGUAUUAAUUGCUUCUCGGUGC